UUUAACUUUCAAAAUGAUCUCAAUUAUAAAAAUAGGAUUUUUCUUUAAUUUGUCUUUUCCUCAUAUGGAGUUAAAUGAGUACAAUGGCAUGAGAAAGGUUCCGCCUCUUCAGAGCAUCUAAACUGACACAAAGUGUGCACGGUGGAGUCCAAGUUGUAUUGGGAGGCAUGCCCACCCUUUGAGCCAAGUGUUCUCUCACCACCUCCAUGAGCUCUAACUCAAGCCACUUGGCUCCAUCUGACAGCAGCACUCUUUAACCAUGGUUAAGAGUUGAACAAAUCCAUCCAUUUAUGAGUUGUCACUGUAAAUCCAUGGUCAAGCUGAAACCACCCCCCUUCCUCUCCUAUAUAUGCACUCACAAACAUCCUCCUUCAAUUGUUCCAAUCUCCGAAUCCAGGAAAGGCUCUCCUCCCACCUCCUCCUCAAACGUGUUUCUAGUGACCAAAGCCGAGAAGCCAAGUCUCUCCAAGAAAGCUUCCAACUCAGAGAAGAGGAAGAAGAAUUUGGACCUGUACUGUGUCUCCAUGCUGGUUGGCAAGCCAGAACUGGGUCUCCAAGCUGAUUAACUUAUGGAGUUAAAUGAGAACAAUGGCAUGAGAAAGGUUCCACCUCUUCUUCAGAGUAGCUAAAUUGACACCUAAAUGUGCGCUGUGGAGACGAAGUUCUAUUGGGAGGCAUGCCAGCUCUCGUCUCUCACCACCUCCAUGAACUCUAACUCAAGCCACUUGGUUUACCAUGGUUAAGAGUUAAGCAAAUCCAUCCAUUGAGUUUUCACUGUAAACCCAUGGUCAAGCUUAAACCAACCCCUUCCUCUCCCUAUAUUUGCACUCCACACUUGCCUCGUUGAUCACUGUAAGCAACCUCCUUCAGUUGUUCCAAUCUCCAAACCCAUGAAAAGCUCUCCUUCCACCUCCACCUCCUCCUCCUCCUCCUCCUCCUCCUCCUCCUCCAAUGUGUUUCAAGUGACCAAAGUCAGGAAGCCAAGGCUCUCCAAGAAAGCUUCCAACUCAGAGAAGAAGAAGAAUUUGGACAACGGCAAUGGCAAGAGAAGCUCUUCUUUUAGAGGCGUCACUAGGCAUAGAUGGACUGGGAGGUAUGAAGCUCACUUGUGGGACAAGCUUUUCUGGAACCCCCUUCAGAAGAAGAAAGGAAGACAAGUUUAUUUAGGGGCUUAUGAUGAUGAAGAAGCUGCAGCUAGGACGUAUGAUCUUGCUGCACUCAAAUAUUGGGGUCCUGAAACAGCUCUGAAUUUUCCUUUUGAUACCUACAGAAAGGACUACGAAGAGAUGCAAAGCAUGUCGAAGGAGGAGUACUUGGCUUCUCUCAGGCGCAGGAGCAAUGGGUUCUCAAGAGGCGUCUCCAAGUACCGUGGGGUGGCCAGGCACCACCACAAUGGGAGGUGGGAGGCAAGGAUUGGAAGAGUUUUUGGCAACAAGUAUCUCUAUCUGGGAACCUUCAGCACACAGGAGGAGGCAGCCCAAGCUUACGACCUCGCAGCGAUUGAGUACAGAGGCCCGAAUGCAGUCACCAACUUCGACAUCAGCAACUACAUGAACUGCCAGAAGGUACCUGCCACAUCCACAAGCACUCCGGAAGCUCCUCCUCCGGAGAUGAACCAAGAUUACUGCAACUCUGAGGAACAUCAAGCUGAGGGCCAGAGUGUCGAAGAAGAAAACUUGAUGCCUUGGAGUCCUUUCAUGGAUCAAUUCUUCGAUGGCAGCUUCUUCUCCAGCGGUGGGUUUGAAGACAAUCUGGAAGUCCUCUUUGAGAAAGAAGGAAAUGCCGUUGCACAAGAUUGCGUCUUUGAUGAGUCUGCGAUGGUGGUCGGAGAAGUUGGGUGAGGGGGAGUGGCGACUUCAAACACCCACUUCCUGAUACUUGUGCUGUUGCUAUGACCAUUGUGGUGGAAGUUUUUGUGUUUGUUACUGCAAGAACACUUGUGACCUUUUUUACUGUCUUUUGGAUUUGAAACUUCCAUAAAGCAUAAUUUGGUUGAGCAA